AUGCCUCCAGCUCCAGUCCAGGUUCAGGCGCCGCAGCAGGCGGGCCCAGCCGGCGGCUCUGGCAACGGUGACAAGAAGGCAGCCGCUGCCGCCAUCCUGAGCGACCUCAACGGGAUGGUCGGCCGCCAGCAGCCUGCGGCCAUCCAGGCCUACGUUGACCAGAAGUUCAAGGGCACUCCGGCGGAGCAGCACGGCAUCCGGAGCGUCCUCGGCAAUUUGUGCCGCCACUACAUCCUGAACAGCCGCCAGGUGGUCAAGCACUCGCGCGCGCAAUGCCGCGCGGAGGGGGGCAAGCCGAGCUCGCCGUGCUCGCGGUGCGGCGCGCGCGGGAUCAUGGCCUACUGCUGGCCUGAGGAUUGCCCCAAUGCGCGCUCCCCCCCCUCGUCCUUCCCCGUCUUCGCUUCCCCCCUCCCGCCCCUCCCAGCGCAGAGCCCCGCGCGCCACCAGUGCGUGCAUUUUGACACGUCUCAGUGCGACAGUCCGCCUUUGUGA